UUGAAUGUGCGUGUAAACUUCAUCUGUCGAUGCUGUGAGUGGAAAAAAAAUUGCAACUCACAUUUUGCUUCGUAUAUUCUGCAUUUUCUUUCGAAAUAAUACAUUUUCAAUCCCUCGUUUAGAAAUAAAAAGCAGGCGAUAUAAUUGCUCUGAAGGUUUUGUGAUAAAACUAAUAGAAACCUCUCGUACCUGUGCUUUACGGAGAGAGUGGUGGUAGUGGUAUAAUGAAUGUUGCUGAUCCAUGGAGUAGCAGUAGUGAUUUUCCUAAUCAAAUCCAGCAGCAGCAAGAAGGUGAAGCAGAAUACAGACGUCUGCAAUUUGAAGACGACUUUGAAGCUGUGAGCAUCGCGGAAGUCGAUAACGGUCACAAUUCUCGGCAGCCGCGGGAUAAUCGACUGCCUGAUUCCGAUAACUACUUGGCUGUAUUAGAGCGAAAGUUGAAAAGGUUGAAAACAAGCCCAACAGUGUUACAACAGUUAGUUGAGAGAAGGGAAGUUUGUAUGCAAUACCUGCUCAACGACACAGACAGAUCAUCUUAUUGCGCUGACUUAGAGCUAAACGAACCGAUCAACAACUACGAGCUACUGCGUUUCAUUAAACCUGAACAGGCUCAGUCUGUAGCUGAACGAGUGAAUUUGAUAAAGUACGAUCAUCUAGAACCGGAACGAGCCGAAAAAGAUUUGGAUACUGGUAACAAGGAGGGUGAGGAAAGUGGUACCGAAAGCUCAACCAGUCGUUAGUAAUUAGCGCAGAAAAUGACCAGCACAAAAAUUAACCUUGACCAGAUCGCGUACUUUCUGAUCACCGGUGCAUCUAGGGGCAUAGGUCAACGGAUGGCCAUCGAAACGACGCGCAAGUUUAAACCCGGUUCGAUCGUUGUUCUGUUGGCACGUUCAGCUUCCGGAUUAGAAUCCACCAGGGAACAGAUCUUGUACGCAAAUCCCCACAUCAGCGUCGUUACAAGCUCAGUUGACUUGAACAAUGCUCCAAAGCAGUUACUGGAAGAUAUAAUUGAAAAGUCACUGGCCAAGACUCCCGUCGCCAACUUUGAGCUAGCAGCAAUCAUUCACAAUGUGGGCACGAUUGGUAAUGUUGAACGUAAGGCAAUCGAUAUGAGUGAUCGCCAAGAAUGGGAGGAGUAUUUCGCUACCAACUUAUUUACGGUGGCAGUUUUGAAUAGUUGCUUCCUGAAUAAGUUUCAGGAGUGUUCUAAAAAGUUGGUUGUUAAUGUGACAUCGAAAGCAUGUGCUGUACCAUUCAAAAGUAUGGGGUUUUAUUGUGCCGGUAAAGCGGCCCGCGAAAUGUAUUUCAAAGUACUGGCGGAUGAGGAAAGCGAUCUGAUAGUACUGAACUACUCUCCCGGUCCCGUGGACACUGACAUGACGGUGGAUAUUCAAGGUCGUUCCAAUGCAGAGGAAAUUCGAAAUUAUUUUCAAGGACUUCGUGAAACAACCACGAUGCUCACAACUCAGCAGACAACUGACAAGUUUCUGUGCAUCUUGGAGGCUGGCCAGUUCAAGUCUGGUGACCACGUCGACUUUUAUGAUUGAAACAUUCCGUUAUAAUUUUAGUAUAUAUAGAUAUAUACUACUCAUUACAUAUAAUUAUAUCAAAUAAACAUGUAUUGUUAUAGCUUAAAGCAA